AUGUUUCAACAACACAGCUUACUGGACUUUAUUCAACUGUCCGGUGCAGCGGCACUUGUAUAUUGGUUAUUCCUGGCUCUCUAUCGCGCAUAUCUAUCUCCGCUCUCUCGAAUCCCAGGACCCAAACUCGCUGCAAUAACGUACUGGUACGAGACGUACUAUGAAGUUUACAAGGGCGGGCAGUACUUUCGCAUGAUCGAUAGGAUGCAUGCCAAGUAUGGCCCGAUCGUGCGCAUCACUCCGAAUGAGGUGCAUUUUGAAGAUCCGAACUUCAACGAUGUGCUUUUUCCGAGCCUGGGCAAGAGAAAGAUCGACAGGCCUGGCGUUCGCCGGUUGGAGCCCAUCAUCCAAGAGUACAUGGACAAGAUGCUCGUUCGGAUGCAAAAGUCCGGCACGCAAUCCGAAGUGGUCGAACUACAUCACAUGUUCAAAGCGUGCGCGAGCGACAUCAUUACCCUUUAUGCCUUUGGCGAUUCCUUCUCUUUUAUGGAUCAGCCUGACUAUGGACAACCGUACUUCCGAGCAGGAGAGGCGUUCAACAGCAUGACGCACCUCUUUGGCGCUUUUCCAUGGCUUCUCACCAUCGCGACCUCGGUGCCUGGAUGGCUCUUCAAGUAUCUCAACCCAGACAUGACCGAGUUUGUGGACCGCAGAGAGUGGUGGAUAGAGAAAGUCAGGGAGAUUAGAAAUUCCAACAAUCCGGAGCGGGCAAAGAACACCAUUUUUGGAGGCAUACUGGAUAGCUCUCUGCCGGUGGAAGAUAAGACUGACGAGAGGUUGGCAAACGAGGCGCAAUUGAUUGUGUUCGCCGGCGAAGGCACAACUGCGCACACGCUCACGUCGGCAAUCUUUCAUCUAUUGGAAAAGCCGGAGAUUUUACAAAAGGUCAAGGACGAGCUUGCCGCGGUGGUGAGUGAUGGUCGUCCAGUUCCAACGUUUCAACAGCUCGAUAAACUUCGGUACAUGGAUGCGGUCAUCACCGAAACCAUCCGCUUACAUCCUGGCGCAAUGCACCGCCAAGUACGCGUCUGUCCCGAUGACGCAAUCGUAUAUGCGGACAGGGCACGAGGGGUCGAGUAUGUCGUCCCACCGGGGACAGUUUACGGUAUAUCGCCUCUGACAAGCCAUAUGAACGGGAGCGUGUUCCAAGAUCCGUACGAGUUUGUCCCUGAGCGGUGGAUCGAUAAUCCUGAAAUAUCAAAAGCCUUUAUGGGCUUCUCUCGAGGAACGAGGGGCUGCGUAGGAAUAACACUGGCUCGGCGUGAGCUAUCGGCUGCUUUGGCCACGAUAUUUAUGAAGUAUGAUGUGUACAGGGGACAACAGGGCCCAACUCUGGAGCUUUACGAUACAAUCCGUGCAAGGGACAUUGAUGCAGCCAGUGACUACAUCACACCGUUGCCGAUGAAGGGAAGCAUGGGACUGCGCGUAAGGAUCCGCGACUAAACUGUCACUUGGCCCAGCAUGCGGGAGGGAUAAAUAAGAAUAUGACGGUUCGGUCUUUUUAGGACGUAGCAUAGGUACCUAGGUAGCGUUUACCGCGAGUCACAAAAGCCUAAUAAAUCCGGACUCGGCGCAACUGA